AUGGACAGCGACAGGGAGUCAGCAGACCCCAGCACCCAGAGCUGCCCUGUGCUGCCCAUGUUCCACAGCUCUGUAGGGAAGCUGCACCAGCUGCUGGGCAAGGGAGAGUAUGCGCUCCUGAAGGACGUCCCCACAUUUGAGAGUGACUUCAUACAGGUCAACAGACGGGGAGAGGUGAUCGACGUGCACAACACCAUGCAUAUGGUGACAGUUGGUGUGGCCUAUACCGGCCAGCACCUGCCAGGGCCCGAUGUCAUGCUGCUGGCCCAGCCAGCCACACAUUGUGUGGCCAGUGCCGGUGAUGACUCCGACACCCGGAGAACGGACCUCAAGGCAGCAGAGAGCUUGGAACUGACCAGGCUGCUUCCUUUGAAGUUUGUGAAGUUAUCCAUCUAUAAUCACGACAAAAAGCAAUUCCAGCUGAAGCUUGCCACGGGCCGCUCUUUCUACCUGCAGCUGUGCCCUCCUUCCAAUUCGAAGGAAGAUAUGUUUGCCUUCUGGGAGGACCUGGUGGGCCUGCUGAGGCCCCCCAUGGAGGCGUACAGUGGGACCCAGGCCCAGCCUGCAGGUGACAUGGUCUCCAUACCCGGGCUGGAGGCGGAGGACAGGAGGAGCCCAUCUGCCAUGGAGCUCCACGGACAAGGGGACCGAGAUCAGGUCAACGGCAGCAGCCUUUCCGUGCUCAGCGAUGUGUCCCUGGCUGCCUCCCUGGCCUACACGGGGGGGGAAGGAAACCGAGUGCAGGCCUCGUACUGUCUGCGCAGGAACACGCCGUCUGUCCUUAGCCCAGGACCUCCAGAGAUGGAUCGCAGGGCGGCCCCAGGGGCAGCAGGAACUCUGCAGGCUAGCAUGAAGGGGGCCGCAGCUGAGGGCACAGACAGGAGGCCUGUUAGCAACACCGCAGACGGUUCGGACUCAGGACCCUCUGUCUGGGCCGAUCCCGAUGAAGGCAGCACAAGCAAACCAGAUGGACACCAGAGACUCUCGCCGGUCCAGGCCAAAGCCCCGAGGACGAGUAAGGACAAGGAGAGAAUGCCCACCGAAAGACUUUACCUUCUUAGCAGGAUAUGGGAAAACACAUCAUUCCUGAAGUCACAGGGAACCCCGUGGGGAGACAAAAGGGAGAAUCAGGGCAGCCUCAAGGAGCGAGGGUGUGGUUCCCUGCUGCAGGAGUACAUAAGCCUCAGCCUCACCCAGAAGGGGUCCAGGUGGGUGGUCCGACUUCCCUUACCUCCUGCUUAG